AUGUAUUCAUCACACCCGUCUCGCCGUCUGCUCAUCUUCCAAGAGGCGCGCAAUCCGCAGAACCCGGCUGAGAUCGUGUAUCUGCCUGUCAACAAGCUGGGUCUGCCCAUUUGCGGGACUCCCCCGGAGCUUCCAUCGAUAUUGGAGCUCCCCCUGCGGAUCCUCAGGGCUUUCACGGAGAUCUUCAACCAGCCGAAGUAUAAGGGGUGGUCGGUCAUGGGCGCGGGACCAUACCAUGAUACAUCGGAGGAAGGCAAAUUCUACGCCGUGCUCCUCGAACAGGUCAAGGACCCAUUGGCCCAGGAUACGUCCAGUGUGGCGUAG